AUGGCACUUGAACUAAGAGUCGAACCUGAUACAGGAUCUGCCGUGAUUCAAGUCCCCGAUGCGACCACAAGAGAUCCUCAAUUUGUGUUCUCGCCGAACAACGCUCCAUGGAGAUACGAAUAUGCGGUGUUAUCACAACACUGGCCUCUGGAUGAGCAACGAUUUUGGCCAGGGAAAAGCUACGAUCUCAAAGGAUAUAUGGACGUUAUUGGCAAGUGCACUCAUAUACUCCCACUUCUUUUCUUCUCUCUUUUCAUAUUCGCUGGGAAGGAGCAUCCUCAGUACGGCCGUCCAAAUAUACUCGCAUUGAAGUAUCUGGACGAAGUUGCACGGAUUAAUCAGUAUAUAAUCCACAAUAUUACUGUACCUGUUGAUAUUGACGGGAAGCACUACGAG